AUGCAGUCUUCUGGUUUAAAUGCAUCAGUAAUUAUUACAUGCUCUGAUUGCGGACGUCUCAAUGCUUUGAACUCGGGUUGGUGUUCGAAUUGUGGGUGCCUAUUUGUAAGCAGUGGUAUUUUCCCCGGUAAAGAGUCUCUACCUUCUUACUUUGCCUCUCAAGAUUUCCGACAGUUUAAUUGUACAUCCUCCUACUCCCCAUGUGACUGUGGCGGAUGCUGUUCUUUAAUGCAUCAGCCUUCUCUUCUUCCUCUGGAGCAAAAGAUUCCAUUAAGUAGGGAAUCACCAUCAUAUGUUUCGAUGAAGGCUGCAUCCAGUUCACUAGGUGCAGACAAGGGUCAUCCGUCUCUAAUGCCGCGCAUGCAACCUUUGAAAAAUGCGUCGGAGGAGAUUGUCAACUAUCCCUUGCAGUUUAUUUUUGGUGGUCAGCCCGUAUGUCUGAAGAAUUUUUGGUGCUGUUCUCGUCAGCGAAGCGUCUCCGGUCCAUGUGACGCUGUUCCGAAUUUCGCUCGAAACUUUCAAGAUCACUCUUGGGAGGGUAAUUCUGCUUGCAGUUCAUUUUCUUCGGAUUCGCCUAGUUGUGAAAAGUUUUCGCCAAAUUAUCCUUAUUUCUCUAGCAUGAACCCGAAAUUUUUUGCGUCAUGUCAAAGUACGAAUGAGCUGCCUCUCUAUUAUCAUAAUGGGCAGUCCGGUAAUCAGAGUAUUAGCCAACUUUCGGAAUUAUUCAUGGGCUGUAGUACAAUGUCGCAGGCAUUCGCAUUUCCAUUAGGACAACAGUCAAGUAGCUUUUUGGCAAAUAAUCAAUCACACGAUAUUGCUGACUUUAAUAAAAGACGAGGUCAAAAUCAAAGGCAGGUCUGCGGUUUUCGCAACAGGAGAUCGAACAAAAAAAGUGCACGGUACCACUCGGAUCGGAUUGUUCAUCGUUGUGCUUUACAGCCUUGCCCAAAACGUGCUUUUAUACUUACCCACACUUCGCCUUCUAGGCAAGUGGAUUCAGUUUCUUUGGGAAGGCAGCGGAAGUCGAGGCAACGCUCUUUGGGUAACGUUGCAGAAACCGCUGCUAUUAGUAGCCCGGGGGAUCCCUUACGAAACUCUUUGCAGCAAGAAUCGAAGGUUUCUGAUUUCUUCGAUCCUUCGUCGGCCAAAGUUUAUCCUCCUGAUGGCCUUAUAUCGUGUGACAGUGACACCACUUCCGAUUUGAAGUGGCUUAGACUUCCCACUGAGCUGUGGCACAACAUUGUGCGACUACUCCCCUAUGCAGAUCGCGCCUCUCUCGCAAGGACCUGUCGUAAAUUUAGCGUCAUUGUCGCAGAUCGCUACAAUUGGCGCAUUAUUCGGCUGGAUCGGUAUCAACAUCUCACUGACUCCGGGUUGGCAAUGAUAGGGCGGAAAAAGCCGCGGCAGCUACACUUAACGUACUGUCGCGGAGACGCUGUCACCAACUGGGGUGUAGACCAACUGUUCAUGGGUUGCGGAGGGAGCCUUGAGUCUUUCUCCUUCAUCGGUUGCUCAAAGGGCGCCUUUCAGGGUGAUUAUCCGUUGUUGGCGUCUGCAUCGCGAUGUCCCAACCUCUGCCACAUUGACGCCAGCUACGCGCAUACUGUUCGCGACCAGACUGUGCGUGCCAUUGCGGAAGGUUCAGUUGCUCUUAAGACCCUCCUUCUCAAUGGCGCUCAGCACAUCUCUAACUCGGCCAUCGAGCAUCUUGUGCGACACCAAAAACACACUCUAUUGCCUCUGCUGGCCUCGUUAGAUCUACGAGGUACGCAGAAGUUGGUUACUGAUACAAUUCUCUCGCGGCUGGCAAAAGAGUGUCCACUGCUAGAGGAAGUGGUUCUUGCAAAUAUGUCCUCGCUGACACGCGAGGAGGGUGUCGUAACGAUGCUGCACCAGCUGCCACGGUUGCGCGUGCUCGACCUUUGCGGCCUUGCAGUUGUCGGAGAUAACAGUCUUCAAGCCCUUGCUACCAGUUGCCCCCUCCUCGAGGAACUUGAUAUCUCUUGCACCUCCGUCACAGAAGUCGGACUUCUAUGUUUGGCAAACGCCCCAGCGAACAGUCUCAGGUCUCUGAGGAUCAGCUUUUGCCCUCGAAUUACAGCCAAUGCCAUUGAAAAAUUAGUCGGCUCAUGCCCCAAGCAAGUUAUCCUCAUUUUAUGCAAUCCCUUAAAGUCGCUGAAUCACACACCAGAAUUUGAACAGUACUGCGAGGAAGCAAUGAACACUGUGGCUGUUUUCCCAAUUUACAUUAUCCUUUCAGGCUUACGCACUUGUCGCUUUACGGUUUUUCGUGGAUCAAAAAGUGGAAUUUCCUCUUUGAUCUUCGCCCCAAUCUGGUUAUCCAGACCGAGACGCAAUGCAUCAAACCCACAAAAACAUAGGGGAUGGGAGAAUAGUUUCAGCCUACAUGGGCUCUUGCAGUCCCUUCUUAUCCAAAUACUCACUGAAGUGCGCUAG